AGAUAAAAGGAUUCCAUUUGAGGUGGGCGCAAAUCCAUGGCGAAGACGAGCAACGAUGUCAUCGCCUUGGCUUCUUCCCUCUUUCUCCUGCUACUCUUCGCUCCGCCGCUGCCGCCGGCGGUGGCGAAAGGAGCCACCUUUACUUCCGAUGAGGCCGACAGGGCGAUCUCCCGCUUCCAGGAGUACCUCCGCAUCGACACCGCCCACCCCACGCCGGACUACGCCUCCGCCGCCACCUUCCUCCGCGCGCAGGCCGAUUCCCUCUCCCUCCGCCACGAGACGCUCGAAUUCGUUCCGGGAAAGCCCGUCCUCCUCCUCAAGUGGCCCGGUCGCCGCCCCUCGCUCCCUUCCGUUCUCCUCAAUUCCCACACCGACGUCGUCCCCUCCGAGCCCCACAAGUGGACCCACCCGCCCUUCUCCGCCGCCCUCGAUUCCGGCGGCAACAUCUACGCCCGCGGCUCCCAGGACAUGAAGUGCGUGGGGAUCCAGUACCUGGAGGCCGUGCGCCGCCUCAAGGCCGCGGGGUUCGCCCCCGACCGCACUGUCUACCUGUCCUUCGUCCCCGAUGAGGAGAUCGGCGGCACGGAUGGCGCGGGGGCUUUCGUCGCCUCGGACGCCUUUAAGAAAUUGGGCAUCGGAGUGGUGCUCGACGAGGGGCUGGCGUCGCCGCGCCCGGAGUUUAGGGUUUUCUACGGGGAGCGUUCCCCGUGGUGGUUCGUGAUCAGAUCCCGGGGAGCUCCAGGCCACGGAGCGAAGCUCUACGACGGCACCGCCAUGGAGAACGCCAUGAGGAGCGUGGAGGCGGUCAGAAGGUUCAGGGCGGCGCAGUUCGACCUGGUUAAGACCGGAGCCAAAGCAGAGGGCGAGGUGGUGUCGGUGAACCUGGUUUACCUCAAGGCCGGAACUCCAACUCCUACUGGCUUUGUCAUGAACCUUCAGCCAUCCGAAGCAGAGGUAGGUUUAGAUGUUCGUGUCCCUCCGAAUGCCGAUCCCCAAGCGUUAGAGAAGCGGAUUGCUGAGGAGUGGGCGCCAUCAUCUCGCAACAUGACAUAUGAGUUUAAGCAAAAGGUCUCUGUGUACGACAUGUUCGGAAAGCCAGCAGUAACCGUUGCCAACAGUUCUAAUCCAUGGUGGACAUUGUUAGAAGAAGCUGUGAAGAAUGCUGGUGGAAAACUCAGUAAGCCAGAAAUCUUCCCAGCAUCAACCGAUGCCCGCUUUUUCCGAGAACUCGGGAUAUCAGCAUUUGGUUUUUCGCCAAUGGCAAACACUCCGAUAUUGCUCCAUGACCAUAAUGAGUUCUUGAACAAAGAUGAGUAUCUGAAGGGAAUCACGAUGUACGAAUCCAUCAUCAAAGCGUUUGCCUCCUACAACGAUAAGGAUACCGAGUCAAAAGCAGAGCUGUAAGUUAAAUUUGAAAUGAUUUCGUCAUGAAUUUAAAUAGGAUCGAUUAAAUAGAGGUAUAACAGUAUUGUCUUCUUGGUAAGAUCUUUUGAUGCAUUAGCUUCAUAAAAGUGCCUGAGUUGAGGUUUUCCUUA